UUACCUCACUUACUUUUUGAAGUUCAGAUUCAGGCAUCAGAUCUGAGGAUAAGCCAAUGCUGGAUAGUCACAUUGUCACCCAUUGACCAUCGUUCGUAGAAUGGCUUUUGUCAGAGGAAUUCGCGAGCAGCCUGAAAUUAUUUUUACGAGCUAGACUGUGCUUCGAUAAAGAGUUAGUGAGAGGGAGAGAGAGAAAAAAAGCUCCCCUGUAGCGGGACCCGACACAAUAUUGUCAUGCCCGAGAUGUCGAAGAUGAAGAAGCCCGACGUCAAGGUGGUCCUCCUGGGUGACAUGAACGUGGGGAAGACGUCCCUGCUCCACAGGUACACGGAGAGGAAGUUCAAAGACACCAUCAGCACCGUCGGAGGGGCGUUUUACCUCAAGCAGUGGGGACCUUACAACAUCUCAAUAUGGGACACUGCUGGUCGUGAACAGUUCCACGGGCUGGGCUCCAUGUACUGUCGAGGGGCAGCCGCUGUCAUCCUCACAUAUGAUGUUACCAACUGGCAAAGCUUAGCUGAGCUGGAGGAGCGCUUCCUGUCCCUGACUGAUACCGCUAACAAUGACUGCAUUUACGCCGUAGUCGGCAACAAGGCUGAUCUCACGGAUCUUAAGGCCCAGCUGUCCCAGGAUUCAGAUGGAGUGUCUGAGGACCAAACUGAGUGUGAGGAGGACAGGACAGAACCACAGGUGCUGUCUGCCUGCCCGACACCCCCGGCCUCCCCUGCAUCCCUUUCUGGGGUGAUCCUACACAAACAGGUUACCCACGACGAUGCGGUGGCUUUUUAUGGGAGAAUACUGCGCUACAAGGGCCAGGAGGAUAAGAGCAGCCUGCCUGCGGAGAAGAUGUGCUUUGAGACGAGUGCCAAGACAGGCUACAAUGUGGACAAUUUGUUUGAGACAUUGUUUGAUCUGGUGCUGCCUUCCAUCCUGAGGAAGAGAAAUGAGAACCAGAAGUCUCCUACAGUUGACCUGGAGGAGUGCAGGGGGGCCAGCAGCAAGCGAACCAGAUCUUCCUGCUGCUAGGAUCUGCCAAAAAGAGGUGGAGAGGCUGCCACAAGCAGAGACUUGAUUUUAACAAAGGACAAUCAACAGGUUGGUCUGAGCACCAAAAACAUACUGUGAUGGUACUCCUCCUUUACCUUGACUGAGACCCAAUAGCAUUAAUCACCUCUCAACACAUACACGUGCACGCACACAUGCAUACACACAUACAUUCUUGAUACUAUGAAGAUGGUCAGAAAAGUGACUAGAGUUCACAAUGUCCAGAGACAUUUCCUAUGUAAGGAAAGGAAAUGAAUGGGUGAAGUAUUAUCACUCUGAGCUUUGAAACCUUCCACCCUUAUGACUGAAACUGCACUUGUAUCCCAAAGAUGUGUCUGUGGGCAGAAAAUACACAUAAAAAAGUAAAUCACUGAUAUUUUUAAAUGUAAAUUUAACAGCACUAAUUGCUAGUCGGGUGGCACAUUUCACUGUGUUUUGUUAUAGUUGAAUUUUUACGGUUUUCAUAAAUCACACUUCUUUUAUUUACUUUAAUGUUAUGUUACCAGCAUUUAUACUGAUCUUUAUAUUUUAUUGCCACUUUUGGAAUUUUUCAAUGAGUGUAAAUAGUAAAUAUCCCUGUUGAAUUUUUACACAUGCUGUCAUAAUAAAGAUUUUUAUUUUGCA